GUUACCCUAAUUAUGAAAACUUAUUUCCGUUCAUUUCCCUGGAGAGCGCGCGAAGCCAUAUGGGGCGAGUAAAUAAGCCACAAUGUGAUUUUUUUCCCCUGUGUGCAUAAAUCCACCGGGUAGGCAUAUGAACGCUUUUUUAAGCUGCGGGAUUUGGCAAUUAGAGAUUUAUGGACAGAAAUGUCAAACCCCGGUGCAGCCUGAAGAGGACAGAGACAUCUCGUCAUUGUUUUCCCAACAUCACGCUGCGGGCUGCGCGUCACUCCCGUGUUUUGGAGCGCGGUGCAGCGAGUCCUCAAGCCAAAGUUUUUAUUUGUGCAACACAUCUUCACAGCCCCGGGUUGCAACGUUUGACAUCUGACAAUUAUCCAUCCGACGCUCCAUUAUAGCUCAACCCGCCUCAGCGUUUUGUGUGAGUUGUUGAAGGCAAAGGCUCAAAGGUUGCUGUCCAUCAACUGACACUAAUAUGAUUAUUAUCGUUUUAGGGCAGCGAGAUUCAUAAUGGCUGCUGUCAUAAUGACUCCAAGGAUUAGAAUAAUGUCUACAGGUUUGGCAUUUAUGUUGUGCGUAAACAUUUAACCGAUUGAGUUACUGUCAAAACAUUAAACUUUGAUCAGUGGUUCAUCCUCAUAUGAUUUGAAACCGAAUCUGACCAGAAUAUGUGAAGUUCAGGAUUUUCUUAGACAGAUGAGGAUACUUUAAGUCCUUAAAAAAUAUUUCACAGUGAAUAUUGACUGUUUAAUAAAUUGUCUGUUUACAUGUCAGCACGUUAUUUGCGUGGCAGCAAUGUAAAGAUUGGUGUUGUCGACUUUUUUUUUUUUUUUUUUUACAAAACUCACUGACCUGAAUAAUAGCAUUUUGAGGCUUUUAAGAGAAAUUUAUUGAAGCUGGCGCACCGCGACUGUUUGCCCUCUUUCUGGUUUCUUUUGUUUUGCUUUUAUUUCAUACUUGCAUUUCAGAUCAUCAAACAAACUCUUAAAUCAGGAAAUGAUGACAAGAUUGAAUGCAAAACUCAGUUUUCAAUUUAUGUUAUUCUUUUAAGGAAACUUGUUGAAAUAAUCAAUUAAAGUUAUAAUAGAUAAAUCAUUUAAACAGUACUUGUCAGACUACAUAAAGUAGGGUAGUUGAUCUCACAAAUCAACCGAUCACACAACAAUCUAAAGAAACUCAAGAGCAAAUGUGAAGCAAAGCUUUUGAAAUUCAUUCAGGAAAUGGUUACAAAUGUGUUUCUAAGGUUAUGGGAGUCAGUCAAACCACAGUGAAAGCCGUUCCCCAUAAAAGGAAUAAAUAUGGAUCAGUGGCUAAACUUCUCAAGAGCGACCAGCCAUGAGAUGGACAACUUGUCAAAGAGGUCAACAAAGAACCCAGUACACAACAUCUAAAGCACUGCAGGCCUUUCUUGCCUUAGCAAAGAUAAUCCACCAUAAACUGAUGGACAUCAGCAGCUCCUCCUUCAACAUGACCAACUACAAUGAGACACUAAUGUCUGAGAAUACCAGCAGAACCAAUGGUUCAGACACAACCCCACCAAUGCCCUUCAGUGAAGUCACUGCAGUAAUCUACACUACUGUCUUCAUAGUGGGUUUCUUGGGUAAUGUAUUAGUUAUCUAUGUCGUUGCCCGCUACACCAAAAUGAAGACAGUGACCAACAUGUACAUCCUGAAUUUAGCCGUGGCGGAUGAACUCUACAUCUUGGGGAUCCCUUUAAUAGGGACCAACAGUGCGUUGUCCUACUGGCCAUUUGGCAAUUUCCUCUGCAAGGUUUCCAUGACUGCUGAUGGCAUGAGCCAGUUCGCCUCCACCUUCUGCCUGACGCUGAUGAGCAUUGACCGCUUCCUCGCUGUGGUUUAUCCUAUUCGCAGUGCCAGAUGGCGAAAGCCCCGAGUGGCCAAGAUUUUGAAUGGCGUGGUGUGGUUUAUUUCAUUCCUGAUGGCGCUGCCGCUCACCAUAUUCUCAGGUGUGCAGGAUAAGUUCAACACCUGCAACAUAAGCUGGCCGGAGCCUUCAGAGUCGUGGUCCCUUGCUUUUAUCCUCUACACAUCCAUCAUGGGCUUCUUCGGCCCUUUGACUGUCAUCACCCUCUGCUAUCUAAUUAUUGUUAUCAAGGUGAAAUCUGCAGGUGUAAGAGCAGGCCUCACAAAGCGGCGCAAGUCAGAGCGCAAGGUGACACGCAUGGUGGUCAUCAUCGUGCUGGUCUUCGUGCUUUGUUGGCUUCCCUUUUUCACCAUCAACAUUGUCAACCUGUUUUAUGUCAUACCUGAGAGCAAAGUCAAUGCUGAACUCUACUUUUCCCUGGUCAUCCUCACCUACGUCAACUCCUGCGCCAACCCAGUCCUCUACGGUUUCCUCUCAGACAAAUUCAAACAGAGCUUUAAGGAAGUGCUUUGCUUCUACAAGGACGUGACUACUGCAACUAAGGACCUAGUGGAGAGCAGACAGAAUGGCAAUAAGCUCAUCCAGAUGGAGGUUGUAAGGAGCACUGAUGUUGAGCCUUUCACCGCAAAACCUGCAACGGAUUGCCAGUGAUUUCUGUCUUGUUGCUGAUCCAAGUUGUGCACUGGUGGACCACAAGGCACUCUGACGUUUUACCCAUGGGGCUUCAUACUGACAUGGAAUUUCCUGACUUUAUUUCAGUUUGCCCUGUUUUUCACUCUCACAUUUCUGCAGAGGCUCACUGAACUGUCUGAGGAACAGUUUUUUUUUUUUUUUUUUUUUUCCAAUCACUGCAUUUUUUUUGUUACAUCUUUGUGCACAGCAACAGACUGAGCAUUUUUUUGUUGUUGUAAUAUAAGAAAUUUACAAGACUGUCAAACAACUUUAAUCCCUUUAGACUUCAUUUUAAUAGUCUAUUUUUAAGAAGAUAAUGCCUUUGUUUUAGUUUGCUGUCUAUACCAUUUGUUUUGGCUUUAUAUUUAGAAUGACUGUUAUUUAGCACUGAAAGACAUCUUGAAAGGAUGUAUUAUGCUACAUGGCUCACCACUAGGUGACCGAAUCAGGAUAGUUUGAUUUAUUUACUGGCAAUAAUCAACUGAUUCGUGGUACUCUAUGUGACUUAAAUGGACAAGUGUGACAGAAGUAUCGAUGUCCUUAUGUAAAACCCAGAAGAAAAAGUCUGAUUGGUAGGAACGAUCAACAGCAUGACGGCCUGCUGAUCGUUGUGCUUUGACAAGAUUUUGACAAGGUUCAGUCAUCUCUCCCUAAAAGGCAGCAGCACUCACCCAAACAAGGAGCCUCCCCUGCCCACUGGGCAGCUGCAAGCCUCCUUCCUCCAUAAACUCUGAUUGGACUGGAUCUGAAGGCAUCUGUUGGGAGCAAACCCGGCCCCAAUAGACUUCACAACAAUCUGGUACCAGACAUUCCAGGACACAACCAGAUGUUGUUUGUGCACAUUCUGACUUGUCAAAGCUUUAGUUUUAGGAGCAAAGGAAGAUCCUGCAGGUCACAAUCUCACAUAUAGCUGACUGAUGCCAGCUAUUGUUAAAUGUCUUAUGUUGUCCAGUUCUCAGUUUGUAAUGUUUGCAGUAUUUUGUUGCAAUAGUAAGAGAGAAAACUGACCUCCUGGCUGCCAUUGUGGGAGCCUCAUUCUACGGUUUUAUGUUGACUUGCAAAUUUUUUACACAUGUUUUAGUAAUGUGAAAAAUGUCUUGUAAAAAGACAGCCAGUUGUUUGUUUUCUUAUUCUCUCUCUCUCUCUCUCUCUCUCUCUCUCUUUGGCUUACCUCCAGUUUAUGCAGUAAGGGUGGGAUGAUAUGUACGACAUAAACAUAUUUUUGUUUUUAUCUGGUUUUUGUACUGACACUGACAUUUCCUCACAGGUGUUAUCCUGAGCCCAACAAAAUGUUAACAACGCCCAUAAGAUGUUUGAAUUUGUUUGAGAAACUAACCAAGUAAAUAGGUUGAUUAAAUGACAAGCGACAUCACAUUUAUAUGUAUUGGUGAAAAUGUGAAUUCUGAAAUAAAAGGUCAUUCUGAAUCGAGCAUACAACAUAAAUGAUAACAAGAAUAGCAGUAUUAUGAAUGUUGUUACACCCUAAUUUUAGAAAACCCAUGUUUUCCCCCGCACGGGUUUUCACAAAUAAGAAAGUUAUUUUCUUUAUAUAUAUAUAUUCAAGGGCUACAUGGUUAGUUUAACACAAAUUUGUCAAAGUUUUACCUACCUGAAAAGCGGCCCGAUAUUUGACAGUUUGCUAUACAAUAAAUUUCAAGGUGCAACGCAUGCCCAAAGCAAGUCCAACACCAUACCUGACCAUUUGUUUGAGGUUUUUGUGAUGGUUGUAGCAGACAUUAGCACUUUAGUGUUCCUUAUUUGAAGAUCAUUGUCAGAGAGGGUUCUGGGUGCAUUCACAGCUUUUCAAAUAUAAUUUGUGCUAGCUUGUUCUUUACACAAGGAGAGGUAAUCCUUUCAAACAAGCCAUAUUAUAUUUCUUCUGUUUUAUUUGUCUUGUUAGGCACUUUAGCAUGCUAGCUAAAUGGUUUUAUAUCCGUUUUCCUCAAAGUUGUACAGUUUGACCUCGGGUCAUCAACUUCUGGGAUUAUUGGCAAUUGUGUUGUGAAUAGUGUUUGGUUCAUACAGGCUCUCCCAGAUUGAUCAGUGGCAGAAAUUUCAUCUAGAUCUUGAAUUAAGACGGGGCAGAUUUUCGAACCAAAAAAUUUCACUCUACCAGACAGAGUGUCAAUAAUAGAUCAAAUGCAUUAAAAUGUGUGCUAUUGUGACGUUAAAAUACAUAUUUGUCAAUUCAGGUGGAGCAAAAACUUUUUUUUUUUAUUGCUGUCCAUUUUAGUGGUUCAUUGUCGUGUUUAUGUUUUUUGUGUGUUUGUACAUCUGAUGAAAUAGGGUGUACUUUCUUUAUAUCAAAACUAUUAGCUUUGUGGAUUAUUCCAAUGUGUCUCUGCUAAUUUGUGCUAACAAACAACAACACUUAUAUUUCUAGUUUUUGACGUUUUAAAGCUUGGCGCCUUGACUUCACAAUCCCAACACUGGAAUGGCAGCUGGAUUUUACGAUGUGAAAUUUACCUCCAUUUAUUGAAAAGUUUGUUACUGUAAAAAAAAAAGGAAAAACAUAGAGAAGAAUAACAAAUUUAAUAAAACCAGACAAAAAAGACUUGACUUAAUAUCAAGCAGCUUUAGCUAAGUUCACUUAUUUUUUGUUUUGUUUUGUUUCUUAUUUUGUGAUAUUUAUAGAUCGAUGACCUCACAUCCACUCACUGCCGUUUUAAAAGUGUAAUUUUUAAUAUGUAAAAAAAGAAUGAUGUUGUAUUAAAAAAAACUUUGAUUUAAAACACAUUGCAUACACUAAAAUGUUAGCAUUUAUUUGAAAGUAACAAAUGUGGUUUUAAUGGGAUGGUAAUCGAUAGAUUUGCUGGAUAUUUUUUAAUUAGUGGUGGCAGAUUUAUUCGUAUUUUUACUAAGCGUUCACCAGAUCGUCGUGUUUAUUAAAUACUUUUACAAAAUAUCAUUUUCAGCUUUAAAAUCAAGCCACAAAUAAGCAACUGCAUUACAACUGGAGAGAAAUAUGAAUUUGUGCGAUGUCUUCUCCUGCUACUCAUUUAUAAUUAGUUUUUUAGCAAUCACCUGUGGGUUUUUCUUUCUUUACAGAGCUUAAUUAAAGACAGAUGAAUUGUUUUUGUCUGACAUGUGGAGCUCUGAUGCUGCAGAUUUAAGUGAUUCGAUGUCGUUCUCUCUGAAAUCUAUACCAUAGCUUGAAAAAAAAAAAAAA